AGAAAAAUUAUUGAGAUGGUGCUUGCAGUGAUAUUGGAAAGGACAAUGUCAAAAUGGAAAGUACUGAACACCUACUUGAAUCAGGUAUACUGGGGACAUGGUAUCUAUGGAAUUGAAUCAGCAUCUAUUUUUUAUUUCGGGAAGCACCCAUCCCUUCUUAGUUUGGGGGAGUCUGCAAUGCUUGCUGGAAUUAUACCUGCACCUGAGCUUCGAUUGCCACUCAGGGACCUAAGCAGAGGAAAGGCCUCCCAAGCUAGAGCAUUGAGGAAGAUGGUGCAAGUGGGAAUGUGGGAUAUCUUGAUACUGUUCUUAUGACUGUGAAUCAACCACUUCAUUUAUGUGUUGGACCAGAAUGUACAAAGGAAUUCCUGCGCUCCUUGUCCGUCGUUCCUGAUGGGGUAUUUAUUCUUCAUCAUAG